UCUGAGAUAGUUUCGCGUUUCAACGUAGGAAACACAGGAAAGGAUAUAUAUGCAUAUGAAUAUAUAGAAAUGGCAUUGGCUUCCCUUAUAUUUUGCAAGGACACAAGAAUUGGUAUAUCCAAUUUCAUUUUCUUAACACAUUUGAUCCUACUGAUAGCGCCUAAUAUUGCGACAAACGUUCUUUUGUGCAAAGAGGACGACUGCAAGCAGCUCGGAAGGGAUAUCAAGGAAAGUAUGAAUCCCACAGUGAAUCCAUGCGAUGAUUUUUAUGAAUUUGUUUGCGGAAAUUGGAGAAACGGAUUUCCUGACAUCACCAAUAAAUCUUCUUUCAAUCUAUUGGAUAGAGCCCUGCAGGUGGCAAACGAACGACUUAAAGAAAUUAUAGAAGAGCAGCCGAGUAAUGAUAUUGAUUCCUUGAUGAAAGCAAAAGAGUGGCACAAGAUCUGUGUAGACGAUGUAACAUUGAGCCAGAAAGAAGUUAAGCCGAUUGAAGAAAUUCUGAAAGAUCUGGGUGGAUGGCCAACUAUACUACCACAUUGGGAUCGCCGUGACUGGCAAGACAUUAACAAUCAAUAUACAAUUACAUCAGCUGGGGAAUCGCCUUUCUAUAAAAUAGAUACGAUACCUGACCUAGAAUCUGACCCCCAACGAGUAAUAUUAGAGCUGUCCCCGCCGACAUUUUUGAUACCCACGAAUGUUUUAUUGGAUCCCAAUACCAAUGAUAAGAAAUUUAAUGCUUAUGUCGACUUCUUCAGAAAAAUUGUGGACGUUUUUCUGCAAUCCAGUAAUAUCCACGUUGACCCAAAUGUGAUAAUAACAGAUCUCGUCGAAAUGUUGGUCCUAGAAAUGUACCUAACUGAGGCUGCUAAAGAUGAUAAACCAGCAGACUCGGCCCUAUCAAUCAGGUUAACUAUCUCUGAAUUGCAGUAUCGAUACAAUGAGAUAAAUGGCAAUAACCCUAAAUCUCAGAUCAACUGGCUUGACGUUCUCCGAAAUGCGGUAGGAAUCGUUGGGGCACAAAUUAACGAAUGGGAAGAAGUGGAAGUAAUCAAUAUUGAUUAUUUCGACAAACUUCCUAUCAUUUUAUAUUUCACGAAUGAACGAGCCAUCGUGAACCACAUUCAUUGGCAAUUUGUUUCUCACUGGAUACGUUACACGACUCCGACAUUGAGAGAGCUCUUUCAAAAGUUCACUAAUGAAAUGACUUCUAACACCGAAAUUGUACCGAGGUGGUUGGAGUGCAUUAAAUUAAACCCCUUUGACCGGGCAAUUACAUACGAAUAUUUAAGAAAGUAUGUGCCAGAUGCAAAUAAAGAGACUUUUGAGCACAUACUAAAUGAUACUAAGUUUGCCCUGGGCCAGCAGAUAUCAAAUGCCAACUGGAUGGAUGAACAAUCGAAGAAUGCAUCAUGGACAAAAUUAAUGUCAAUUGUUGCAAUGCUAGAAGGUCCACCAAUGUAUCGAAACCCCAUUGAAAUCGAUGAAUUUUACUCGCAGUUGCCCGUCGUACCUGACAGUUUUUUCGAAAAUGUAAAGAAUCAGAGGUAUGGUACUUUUACAAGAACUUUACAAAUGAAUGUAGAUGAGCAUCUAGAAGAUGACGAAUGGCACGACAUGUCCGUAGGGGAUUCCCUAUACUUCGUUGAUAUAAAUACAUUAUAUUUUUUCAUACCGUUGUUGACAAAUCCAAUGUUUAUCUCCGGAUCAUCUAACAUUGUACAACUGUACAAUUAUGGUUUUGUUGGAUCUGCCAUAGCCCAUGAAUUCGGAUACGUCUUUGACGAUACUGGAAGAUAUUUCAAUGAAAAUGGCCAAGAAGCCCCACUAUGGUCACUAGCCACUAACGAGCAAUUCAAAAAGAUACGAUCUUGUUUUGUUGAACAAUUUAACAAUUACGAUAUUCCAGGAAUAAGAAAUGAGGCUACCGGACAACCUAUUAAAGAAGAUGGCGAGAAGACAUUCAACGAAAAUUUGGCCGACGCCAUCGGUUUGAGAGCGGCCUUUGCCGCUUUUCAAGAAAAAAGCAAAAAUUUGCAAUUAGAAAGACUUCCAAAUUUAGAGAAAUACGACAAUAAUCAGCUAUUCUUCAUAUCGUACGCCAAUCGUUUGUGCGAUUACAAAAAGCCGGAUGAAUUGAAAGAUUUUUAUUCGAGAAAGGACAGACAGCACAGCAUAAAUUCGUUAAGGGUAAAUGCUGAACUUUCAAAUAUGGAAGCCUUCAGUCAAGUUUUCAAAUGUCAGCAGUACGACAAAAUGAAUCAACAAUCCAAAUGCAAUUUGUGGUAAUACUAUAUAUUUGCGUAGCACAGAAAAGGAUUUUUCAGGUUUAUUAAAGCAGUUAUGACUCCCUUCGAAUAUACGAAUAAAUGGUACAAAUGAUGCUGCUUAUUCGUGGAUAACCAAAUGAAGCUUCUACGAUUAUCUCAACAUAAUGUAAAAUAAAGUCCCUGGUAUGAGUCUAUUUAUUUAAACGGGCUAAUCUCUAAAAAGACUGAAUUUUCGGAGAUUAUUAUGUGAUUUCCACUAUUCUACAGAAUAUAUCUCGACGAAGGUUUAGGAUUAUCGAUAUUAUAGGAAACAUUAAUCUAUGAGAAGAGGAAGCCGAUUUUAGUAAAACAAGUAAACGAAGAAAUUGCCGUGCGACCAUCUUCUUGGCUUACGCUACCUAAAUCGUUAAAUAUAUAUCGAAACAAUGUGAAAGUAA